AUGUGUGUGUGGUCGCCUGUUGAUACCCUUGAGUUAUAUACCUAUGUACACGUAGUGGGCAAUCUGAUACAGAGAACAAAGACCAUUCAUGCUACAUUGGAUCCUGUUUGGGACCAAUACUUCCAGUUUGUAGUGGACCAAACAAGAGGUCAAUGGAUCGACGUCCAGGUGUUUGAUGAGGAUGCCGGCAGUACCAAUGAUGACCCUCUGGGAAAUGUAACUUUGGACAUUGAAAUGGUUGCAUCAAAGAAAAAUGUUGACAUUUGGCUGCCCCUAUCCAAUGCCCCCACUGGGGCUAUACACAUGAGGGCCCUGUGGUUGGCUGCCAUUAUUUCAAUAACAUAUUUGUUUGUGUUUAACUAUUUUGAAAUCUACGACAUGUUAGUAUGCAAUAAAAUUUUGUACCCCUGCGAGCAGAGUGAGGUGACGGGCACGAAAAGUUUGAACACGGGCAAACCGCGCAACACGUAUGUAAAGGCGAAGUUGCUGCACGAUUCCAGACGAACGACCAUCAAAUACGGAACUGGGGAUCCUGUCUGGGGCGAGAACUUCAACUUCUUCAUCACCAAUCCACAAAAAGAUCAGCUGGAGCUGGAGCUGGUGCACAAGGGCAGUUCAAAGGAGACCACCCUGGCCACGAUGAUGGUGCCCAUUAACUCGGUCAUGCUGACCAAGAACCUCUCACUCAUUCAAGAGUAUCCUCUGCUUGAUAUCGAUAGAAAUUGCUCCAUCACUAUUAGAUUUAUAUUGAGGGUGUUGAAGUGCAAGGUCUGUCCGGUAGAAUGGUCUCAGUUGAGUGGAGCAGCUGCGUUGAGUUUCGGCAACGUCUUGAAGCAGCAGUUUGAUGGAAUGAACGUCAGCGGCUCCAACAACGACAACGUCUUCUCUUUCGGACUUGGGGGAUUAUCAGCAGAAGAUCCGCUUGCUUCAGUAGGAGAAGGUGAUGAUGAGGCUGGAGAUAUUCCACCCAAGAUUGUCACAGUGGAUAAAACUGAAGAGGAGGAGGAGGAGAAGCAGGAUAACGAAACGAAUGUGGAUCCCAGUGAUGUAGACCCUGCUGCUAAACCUGCAGCCCCCCAAGAACCAGCCCCUCCCAAGGAAGUCCCACCUCCAACUCUUCCUCCUACUGACAUCAAGAAAAAAGUGGCCGAGACCGUUCCACAUGACGAAUCCAACUACCAAGGAGAUUAUAAGCUACCCCAGGCCAUGCAUCCGACCCCACCACCAGAAAUGCACCAAUAUGAAUCACCACAACAUCCAAAACAGCCGAUCCUACUACAAGUGCAACCUCAUUUUACGUCUCCACAACAACCACAGCAGUUGGCACAACCACGCCAGCAACCAUUCAACGAUCGAACGACGCCAUCACCUUCAUUGGUUCCCAAAUUUGGCGCUUCAACCACUGAUUCAAGUGCUGCUGCUGCUGCUGAUGUUGUGGCUUCUAAGAAACCUCCCAGCAAGUUUGGGCAGAUCCAACUGACCAUCAGACAUUCUGGCAACAGGAACAAACUCGUUCUCGUUGUUCACCAGUGCAAAAACUUGAUCCCCUGUGAUAAGGACAACCUGGCGGAUCCGUACGUCAGAAUGUACUUGCUGCCUGACAGGACCGCUGAUACCAAGAGGAAGACCAAGCUGGUCAAAAACACCCUGAAUCCAACUUUCGAUGAAACAUUUGAGUGGGAUUUGGGAGUUAUGGAGUUCCCAUUCCGUACUCUGGAAGUGGCAGUGAAGAAUGACGUGGGGGUCUUCUCAAAAAGUCGCACUGACAUGGGCGUCGUUGCCGUCGAACUCGCAAAACUGGGCAACCUCAGUUCUGCUCUCACUCAGUGGUUCGACCUUGAAGAUCCAAAGGGGCAUUGAACAAUGAACUUUGACCUUGAACAUCGAACUUUGACCUGAUCUUUUUUUACCUGGAUAUUAACUUGACACUAUACUUUAUAACACACACACACACACACGCACACACACACUCAUACAUACACAUACAUGCACUACAUACGCGCGCGCGCUCACACACAUAGGCACGCAUACAUACCAUAUUUUAUUUAAUUUUUUUUACUAACUCAGCUUCUUUGUGGUAGAUGCUUGAUAUUUUAGACCUAAUAUUUUAACCCUUGAUAUUUCAAACAUUUUGUUAGUGGAUUUUUGUAAAUGUAACUUAGUUAGUGGCUUACACGUGUGUGUGUUGUGUGCUAUACAUAUGCAUUUUAAGAAUGUCACAGUGUGGAUAUUUGACGACAUACAUACAUCUGACAAUGGAAUGUUUCUAGAAAUAGCUUUGGUUGCUGGAAUAUGUUUUUCCUUUAUAUUUUACAUCAUCAUAAAGGAAAAUGUUCAUUAAUUAAUUUCUCAUUCAUCAAAUUAGUCACAUAAUAAUCCUUGCCAUCAGUUUCGUUUUCAAAUCAUCGUCACUUUCUGCUGCCGUAAUCAUUUUAGGAUCAUUCAUUCACGGAUUGUAAUUUAUUUUUAAAUAUUUGUAAAUUUUCAACUUUUCCUAAAAUGAUUUUCUGGAUACCUUAAAACAUGAAGAUUGGAUUCAUAUCUUUCGUGGUUGAUUUUACUUGUUGUAUUGGUUGACAUUUCAUUUUCAACAGUUUCUUUUGGUGGUUAUUCAUCUAUUUGAUUAAUCCAGAUUGUUAUUAUUUUUGAGAAAAAACAAAACUUUUAUACAAAUUUUACAAUUUCAGUAAGUUUUAUUACACGUGUAAUUGUAUAGUAAGUCCACACCCAACCAAGUUUUCGUGUGUGUGUGUGUGUAUGUGUGUGUGUGUGUGUGUGUGUGUGUCACAUGCAAAUCAGUCAUAAGUCACACUUGCCAUCUGAUAUCCCCAAUCACAUAUAUGGAUAUUGAUAGUGGUAUCUACGUAGGUGUAUCUUGAUACAUUUAAUUCGAUCUUCUCUUAUCCAAUCAUGCUUCAGGCUUAUCAAUCUAAUAUAAAUGGUGUAUUUUAGUUUUUAAAGUUGUUUAAUUAAUUGAUUAAUUAACUAAUUAAUUAUGUUUUAUUAAUUUGUUUAGGUGUUGUUUUGAAUGUUGCUAUAAGUUAAUUAUAGUUACUUUAGUUAAUUAGUUAUCAUUAGUAUUUAUAAUUUUGCAAUUGCUACUAUGUAGUAGGUAUUCUUAUGAUCAUCCUGCUUUUUUCUUGUUUUAAAGGAAUUUUAUUUUGGUGAUUAUAUUUUUUAAGUUUAAAAUUUUGAAUAAAUAAAGUUAACUUUAUCUCUAAAUUG